UCUAGCAGAUUUCCACUUGAAAUUGUUUAUUUUUUUGUUUACCCCGCUUUUCAUCAGUGACUAGCGAAAUGGCCAGCCACGACAUCAAACUGGAGGUCUGCGUGGACUCCAUACGAUCUGCCUUUGCCGCCGAAGAGGGCGGAGCUUCGCGGAUUGAGCUGUGCUCGGCGCUGGGCGAAGGCGGCCUGACGCCCAGUGUGGGCACCCUGAAAACCCUGAAGGAAACCCUCACGCUGCCCAUUUACUGCAUGCUGAGGCCCCGGCGGGGCACCGACUUCGUCUACAGCGACGAGGAGAUGUGCGCCGUGCUCACGGACAUGGAUUUGCUGCGCGAGAACGGCGCCGAUGGCUUUGUCUUUGGAUCCCUGAAUCCCGAUCGCAGCAUCAACGUGGAUCAGUGCCGGCAUGUGAUGCUCUCGUCGGGCGGCCUCCCGGUGACCUUUCACCGCGCCUUCGACCUCACCGACCAGAAGCGCAUGGACGAGAAUGUCCAGCUGCUCAGGGAGCUGGGCUUCAAGCGGCUGCUGAGCAGUGGCUUCCGUCCCUCGGCCGCCGAUGGAGUGGAUUGCCUGGCGCAGCUGAUAGCCAAGCACCACAGGGACUUUAUUGUGAUGCCCGGCGCCGGAAUCAAGGUGUCCAAUCUGGAGGAGAUCCUCACUGUCAGCCGCUGCCUGGAGUUCCACGCCUCCGCCCAGGACACCGCCGGCGAGGACUAUGUGGCGCCCACCACCACGCGCAUGGAGUGCGACGUGACCAUGGGCAAACAAGACGUGGAUCCGUAUUUCGGCACGAAUGCCAAUGUGGUGCGCAAGAUGGUCACCAUUGCAAAUGCCAUGAGUUGCCGCUGAAGUUCAUAGGAUUCCUAGUUCCUAACCUAAUCCUAAGUCCUAGUUUUAUUCCUCGACUGUCUGCGGACUCCACUUUUUCCUAUAUUUCAUUUGUAGAUAGCUAUUGUUACUACUUAAGUAGUCUUAUCCCUAAAAUUCUAAAUCUUAAAAAUAAUCAAAAAAAAGCAUGAUUGUGGAAACUAUAGAUAGUCCCUCUGCCUUAAGGCUUCAUUACUUUAAUCACCACUUGGACAAUGUGGAAAAUAUAUUGCGCAGAAUAGAAGCCUACGGUGUUGAGCUAAAUAACCAUA